AUGUCUUUACAGGAGAAAAUUACAGCUAAGCGAGAAGAACUUCAUGACCUUCGGCAGCUUAAGAAAUUCACAGGGUUAUUGGCUGUACAGCUAGAACAGAUUGAGGCAAAACUAGACACCAUGGCCGAUGGAGCUGAAAGUGUCGCGUUGAUUCUAUCAAAUUGGCAGAAUGUCAUGAACUCGGUCUCGUUGGCGUCUUUGGGGCUUCUAAAACAUGCUAAUAAGGACUACGACGAAACUCCGCCUUUGCCUGAAUGUUUGGUACGAAUCAGCUUGGACAAAGAUAAAGAAGAGGACAACUAA